AUGUCUAUAGAUAAGGAAAAUAUCCGUCCAACGCAUAUAACGAAUAAAGAAUGGUACUAUUUCCAUAUUGAAUUAGUAGUUGAUCCCGAUUUCCAGCAGGGAAGCCCCAGUCUUUUCAACUCGAUGGAAGUAGAUAACUUAACCUGGAAAACCCUCAUAGGAAAUAGCUUGAAAACCCUUCAUGGAAUACGAGGGGACGCAUGCCAUUUUGAUAUCUUGGACAAACCAAAGUCCAAACCAGUCAACCGAGUCAUAAUACGAACACAGCUCGAGGAUAAAGAACUAUUCAUCACCAGUUUAACCAACUACACGUUUUGGGUUGGUCUGCAUUUAGGGUCUGAAUUCGAUACUGAUGGGUACCUUAAAAUCAACAAACAAGCACUUUACUUAGGACUUUUACUCAAUGAUUUUUGA